AGUUAUAAGCUCGUUGUUUGGCCAUCCAAAAAAGAAAGAGCUCAUUUUGCACAAAUGGCGUUUUGAGUUUUCGCCAAAAAAAAAGUGCAGAUAAAAAAUGGCGUUUCUAUUCCAGAAAUUUCAAGAGGCUGUAAAAAUUCUUGCUAAAAGUCCCACCUUUGCUAAAGAUCCUAGGAGUCUCCAAUUUGAAGCUGACAUUAAUCGUCUCUUCCUUUAUACCAGCUAUAACCGCAUAGGAAAAGAUGCUGACGAGGCAGAUGUGGAGGAAAUAAUUGAUUUGGCCAACAAAGCUUCCUUGGCUGACCAACAAAAGCAAGUUCAAGAGAAUAUUCAUUCUCAAAUAAAAGAUUUAUGCACGCUUAUGGAUGAAAUUCUUCUUCCUGCCAAGAAAACUGAGGAGCGGUUUGAAUCAGCUGCACAAAUAGAUAAGGAUCAGCCACGAAGUGGCCUUAGGUUUGCUCUUGGCCGUACUGGAAGCUCUCCUAGUAACCAUCCUGUUAUACCUGAAACGAAACCAUUAAAGCUGGCUGAUGUAAGUCAGGGUGUUAAGGAUCAUCUAGGUUACUCACUUGCAGUUCGAUCUUCUGAAAUUCCACACAAGGAUGCUGGCCGAGGUCUAUUUCUGGAGGGUGAAGCUGAUGUUGGUUCCGUGAUAGCAAUUUAUCCUGGAGUAGUCUAUUCCCCAGCAUACUACCGAUUUAUUCCUGGAUACCCAAGAGUUGAUGCACACAACUCUUAUUUGAUCACUAGGUAUGAUAGUACUGUGAUAAAUGCCCAGCCUUGGGGUGAGGGAAAUGAUAACCGUGAAUUUUGGGAUGGAAUGAACUCUCCACAAGCUGCAAAAUUUACUGAGCAGAUUGCUCAGACUGGUUCUGAUCGGGUAUGGAAAAUGCUGAGCAAGCCUCUGGAGAGUCCCAGAAGUGGAACCCGUGGUGAGAUUCUUGAACGGCGGAAUCCAAUGGCCUUUGCUCAUUUUGCCAACCAUCCACCGAAGGAUGUGGUUCCAAAUGUCAUGGUUUGCCCAUAUGAUUUUCCGUUGGAUGAGAAGGAUAUGAGAACAUAUAUUCCAAAUAUAUCAUUCGGAAAUGAAGAGGGAGUAAGAAUGAAGAGGUUUGGUAGUUUCUGGUUCAAGUCUGGGAGUUCUGUUCAUGGUGUUUCUGAUAUUCCCAUCCUGAAAUCGCUUGUUCUUGUGUCCACCCGAGCAAUUAGCAAUGAAGAGAUACUACUGAAUUAUAGGUUGAGCAACUCAAAGCGCCGGCCAUCAUGGUACACUCCAGUUGAUGAAGAAGAGGACCGGAGGAGAUGGGGCUGAUUGUAAACUAUAACUGCCAUACCUUACAAUAGAAGCCGAGAAGAGCUGUGGUUUUGCUUUCUGAUGACCAUCGAUUCGGUUCCUCAGAAACAAUAAAAUAAUUUUUUUGAACUGGUAUUUUCAUCACGAAGUGGUUUUACUUGUGUCACAUAGCGGUAUGUUAGUAAUUGAUCUUGUUAGCAUCGUUCUUCCGAUUUAGAUGUGAAACAUUUUUGGCAAAUUCUAUGUCGUUGAACUUUCCUGCAGGACCAUCAAUGCCAAGUGAAGCAAUAGUGAACAAGUCAUGUUAUGAGCAAAUGUUUGUUGAAUUUUUGAAUUCCUCUGAUAGAAAAUUCUUAUUUAUGCCAUCGCUGACAGAAUGAUGAAAUUUGGGGAAUAUAGCCUUGCCAAGGUGAAAUGAAAAACCCUCUUAAGUAGACCAUUAAAGUACUCAAGUGAUUUGAAUGAAUAUCAGACUGUUUUUUUCUUGCAGCCUUGCAGGAAAGUUAAUGUGAAA